AAAUGAAACCGAAAACACUGAUACUACUCCUCAGCAACUUAAAUACAAUCUUCUCAUUUCCAACCCGUCCUUCCCCCUCUUCUUUCCCAACCCUGCCAACCCACCCAACCCUGCCAACCCACACAACUUAUACAAGUAUCGGCAAUAUUCAGAUUUAUUCUCCGUUCCUUAACACAACCUGGAUACCACCCAUCUCUUCUACGUUCCUUAACACAACCUGGAUACCAAACAUCCCGUCUCCGUUUCUUAACACAACCUGGAUACCACCCAUCCCUUCUCCGUUCCUUAACACAACCUGGAUACCACCAAUCCCGUCUCCGUUCCUUUAUACAACCUGGAUACCACCCAUCCCUGAUCCUGUUCAAACAGUUCUUCGCAGCAGGUCAGCUAACCUCUUCAACCGUGUUUGGAAGAAGGAAACAAGUGCAGAGAUGACCCCAGCUAGUACCCGGCCGUUCUCUUCGCUCUGCUCUCCACAUCCGGCUAAACCAACCAACUGUUCAAAUAGAAUUCCACAGUGGACUUUCAACAACGCUUUAAGGAGGCAGGGUUUACUGCAUGUUGUUAAUUUCAUUAAAAUGAAUGUAGAGCUAAUUUUAAGUGAACUUCUUUUAUAG